AUGGGGAGAGCUGUUCAAAAUCCAGAGCUUGAUGGUGUUGCAAUCUAUUUUGUUGAGCCAAAGUACCUGGACAAAAACAAAGGCAAGGCAAAAAGAAAAUGUAGCUCAAACAAUAAAGGGAAACAACUCAUGAACAAACAAAAACGGUUAGGGACUGGCAGGGUUGCACAGGAAGAUGAGGGUGGUGACAUUGCAGACAAUGACAGCAAGAUGAGUGAUGUGGAUGAUGAUACAGAGGACAUCACUAAUGAUGUUGAGAUACAUGGGGUAGACUCGCAGCUACCAAAUAUCACCAAAGAAUCUACAGCUGUUGUAGGACCACAUACCAAUUGCCUUAUUCCCGAUGCCCCUACAAACACCAAGUACGAGGUGAACGCUAUGGAGACCUAUAUCAAUGCACACAGUUGA